GGUUUGGGCCACCACCGCGAUUUGGCCCAAUACGGAAUAUUAAAGUUCACGACCUAGAAUUUCUCAGCCUCAGCCUCGUGGUAACGCCGUGACUUCUACGAGUAGACAACUAAGAACAGGGGCUUUUUAUUAAGUUUGUUUGGUUGUUUGGGAUACAGUUGUUACGUGCUGGAUACGGCACGACAGACUGGAAACUGGACGCGACGCCACGGCGCGGUUUUGAGGGUUUGACGACGCCCCGACGAAUAGACGAUAUGGCGGAUGAUGGGGGGAAUGAUACGGAGAUGAGGAUGGAUGAUGUGGAGGACACCACGAUGGCGAUGGACGACCCAGCCUCCACCCCCGCGAACGUCGACAACGAAGCCGCCGACACCCCAAUGCGAACAGACUCCGCCGCCUCCCCCCCCAAGCCCGACAACGAAGUCGACACCCCCCGCGAUCAAGAUGACAACUCCUCCUCCUCCUCCUCUGACUCCGACUCCUCCUCCUCAGCCGAAUCCGAACCCAAAGAAUGGCUAGCAACAAGCCGCCAGCGCCGCUCCACAGCCGGAAACCGCCUUUCCACCCUCCUCCAAGCCGCCGCCGCAGACGACGACCUCGAACUCCUCUUCGCGGAAGACGAAGAUGACGCUGGAUUCUCCGACGAAGGCGGCGACGCAUCAGAUGUGCAGAUGGACUCUUCCUCUGAUGAAGAGGAUGCCGGCCCUUCUGCUCCCGGCGCGGAGGAUCUCGAGGGCGAGGCCGAGUUACAGAGAGUCGCAAGAGCGGAGAGGAUUGCGAAGAAGAGGAAGGCUGCUACGGGGAUUCCGGCGGCGUUGAGGAAGAAACCCAGGGUUGUUGUUGGUAGAGAAGAGACCGAAGCAGCGCCGCGACCGAAAAAGAAAUCCGAGCGCGCGAGCUGGAUCCCCUCCGCCGAAGAAGCCCCCCUCCGCGCGUCAGACCGCAAAACCACGCGCCUGAGUAAAGAGCAGUUAUACGUCCAAAUGCAAGACCGCGAGCGCAAACGCGUCCGCCAGCUCGCGAACAUGGAGAAAGCGGCGCUCAAGCGCGAAGCCGAGCGACGACCUGAACGCACUCAAGAAGAUCGAUUGGCGGAGGCGGCGAGGAUAGAGAAGCGGAAUGCGAAGAGUUUGAAUCGCUGGGAGGAGGCGGAACGAAUCAGGGAGGAGGAACAGAGGGCGAAGUUGGCGGCGUUGCAUGAUAGGCGCUUGGAGGGGCCGGUGAUUACGUAUUGGAGUGGGAGGGCGACGUGGGAGGGGGAUAGGUUGAGGACGGUGGGGAGGGAGGUGGUUAUUGAGGAGAGGGAGAGGCCGAGGAAGAGGAAGGGGGGGGAGGAGGGGGGGGGGAAGGGGAAGAUGGGUCCGCCGCCGGCUGUCGUGGCGGGGGGGACGGGGGCGGGGGGAACGGUUGUUAAGGUUGAGGGUGCUGCGGUAGAUGCGGCGGGGAUGCCGCCGCCGGUGAUUGAUACGAAGGCUACACCGUCUAUGUUGAAUGGGACGAUGCCUCUGCCUGGGUUUGCGCCUACGGUAGCACCCCCUUCAGCUUCGACAGCUCCAUCAACGUCACCUGCGCCUGUGGCUCCAGUAGCUUCUGUCGCUCCCUCCACAUCACCCUCGGCUGCAGCUCCGCCAUCCUCUGCCGCCCCUGCUUCAGCAGCUGAACCUGUUGCCGAAUCGGCUGCACCACAGGCGGAAUCUAUCGCUCUCUCUACUUCAGCAGCAGAACCUGCAGCAACGGCGCCUGCGGCCGAAUCUACUGCAUCACAACCAGCCCCCGCUACUGUAGCAACAGUUCCUGCGGCCGAAUCUGCUCCACCACAACCAGAAUCCGCAACGCCUUCUACCUCAGCAACAGAGCCUGCGCCCGCCUCUACCGCACCACCUCCUACCAUCCCUGAGUCCACCGCUGAACCACUAGUUUCAGAAACUACACCAUUACCAGCUCCCGAAGCCGCGUCUUCGACUUUAGCGCCCUCCGCGCUGAGCGACACCGCACCCAGCGUCCCGAAACUCGUUCCAUCACCAACGGAGCCGUUCAAACUGACUCCCGCUGUACCACCAACCGCACAACCCGCCACCGCCUCACCAGCUGGAGAUAAUGGUCCCCCAGCUGCGACCAAACCUACUACUACCACGCCAGCUGGAGACAACGCAGCUCCGGUUACCGCACCUCCAGCCACCGCCUCACAAGCUGGAAAUGGUCCAGCUCCAGCUCCCACACAACCCACCACCACCACCGACCCCUCACCCUCCUCCCAAGCUUCCGCUCCUAAACCUACCGAACCCACCGAACCCACCUCCCCCCCGCGCCCCCGCCUCCCAACCUACACCUCCAACCUAAACGCCCUAAUCCUAACCUCCUUCUCCGAAACCGCCCUGCGCGACAAAUCCACCCAAGCCGCCAUCCUCUUCCGAGGCAACCGCUUCACCAAACUCCCUCGUCCGCCUCCUCCUCCUAUCUGCCCUAUAACGGGACUACCGGCGAGGUUCAAGGAUCCGAAGACGGGAAUGCGGUAUGCGAAUGCUUAUGCGUUUAAGGAGAUUAGGAAGCUGGUGGGGGAGGGGAAGGGGAAGGGGCCGGGGUGGAGUAGUUUGCUUGGGGCUUGGGUGGGAGGGGGGGCGGCGAGGGGGGUGCCGGGGGGGUUUUUGGGGGGGGAGGGGAAGGAGAAGGAAAAAGAGAAGGGGGAGGGAAAGGGGGAGGAGAAGGGGAAGGAGGUUGCUGGGCUUGGGGUUGUUGGGGAGGAGAAGGAGAAGGAGAAGGCUAAGGAGGAGGUGGGUGUGGCUGUGAAGGGGUAGGUGUGGAUAUGAUUGUGGCUGUGGGUGUAUUACUAACUUUUACGAACUUUAAUGUGUUUCUUCGUCUGAGCGUGGGAUAGAGAGACGAUGUAGGAUGUACCUGUAUAAUUUCAAUGAAAUAAUCUUCGUUUCUUG